AUGGCAAAAAAGGAUAAGAAGAAGCAACACAUGACUAUUGUCGAAACCAAGAGUGGAGAAACUAUUAAGGUCUUUGACGACAUGGAAGCAUUUGAGAUGUACAUCAAGAACGAGUCCGAGGACGAUGAGUUUGAUCACGUGCACUGUCAAUUACGUUAUUAUCCUCCUUUUGUUUUGCAUGAGUCUCAUGAUGACCCCGAGAAAAUCAAGGAAUCAUGUAACAGUCACAGCAAGAAAUUUGUGCGACACCUCCACCAGCAUGUGGAGAAGCACUUGUUGAAGGAUAUCAAGGAGUCCGUUGGAGUCCCUGAUCUGAAAUUCAAGGACAAAACAAAGGAGGAGACGUUUGAUCAUGUGCUUUGGCGCUACAAUGCUCCAACACAGUUUCACAACAAGGAUUUCGUUAUACACGUGACUGUACAAUGUCACAGUAACACCGCUAUGGUCGAUGUGGACUACCAGACGGAGCCUUUGAAGAUCGACAAGGCGGUGGAAGCAUGA